AUGGAGACGCCCGGGCCGGCCCAGGCGGCCGCGGCGGCCCCCGGCCCCCGGCUUCUCGACGACCCGAACGCGUGUGGGACUCCCGACGGGGAGCCGCGCCCCGAGGCGCACACUUAUCGGCUGCAGGACUUUGACACGCUGUCCACUGUGGGCACCGGCACCUUUGGGCGGGUGCACCUGGUCCAAGAGAAGACGACCAAGAGCUUCUUUGCGCUCAAGAUGAUGAGCAUCCCUGACGUCAUCCGGCUGAAGCAGGAGCAGCAUGUGCACAAUGAGAAGGCGGUCCUCCAGGAAGUGAGCCAUCCCUUCCUCAUCCAGCUGUUCUGGACGUCCCACGAUGACCGCUUCCUGUACAUGCUGAUGGAGUUUGUCCCGGGCGGUGAACUCUUCAGCUACCUGCGGAACCGAGGCCGUUUCAGCAGCGGAGCGGGGCUCUUUUAUUCGGCGGAGAUUGUGUGCGCCAUCGAGUACCUGCACUUGAAAGAGAUAGUGUACCGUGACCUGAAACCUGAAAAUAUCUUGAUAGACAAAGAAGGGCACAUCAAACUCACCGACUUCGGGUUCGCCAAGAAGCUGGUGGACAGGACAUGGACCCUCUGUGGCACGCCUGAGUACCUCGCCCCCGAGGUCAUCCAGAGCAAAGGGCACGGUCGGGCCGUGGACUGGUGGGCCAUGGGCAUCCUCAUCUUUGAGAUGCUGUCGGGGUUCCCUCCAUUUUUUGACGACAACCCAUUUGGAAUCUAUCAGAAAAUUCUUGCCGCCAAAAUAGAUUUCCCCAGACAUUUGGAUUUCUACGUCAAAGACCUUAUCAGGAAGCUGCUUGUUGUGGACAGGACCAAGAGACUGGGAAACAUGAAGAACGGAGCAAAUGACAUCAAACGACAUCGGUGGUUCCGGGGUAUCGACUGGGAAGGUGUCCCACAGAGGAGGCUGAAGCCCCCUAUCAUACCCAAAGUGUCCAAUGAUGGGGACACCUCCAACUUCGAGACGUACCCCGAUAACGACUGGGAUAAUGUUCCCUGCGCUUCAUCUCAGGACUUGGAGAUCUUCAAGAAUUUCUGA